AUGCGUGCCCUUCACUUUGGAUCGUUUAUACUCUCCGCCCUGAGGCUUGCCAACUCGGCAGUUACGGCAGAUCCCCCGACACUGAAGCUGCCAUGGGGAACCUACGAAGGACGACCGUUCCCUGAUGAUAGCAAUAUCUACCUCUUCGAGAAUGUACGCUUCGGCAGCAUCCCCGAACGCUUUAGCGCGCCACAAGCCCCAUCGUGGACAAACUCAUCCGUCCAGCCCCCUUCUCUCGGGCGAAACUGCAUCCCGAUCGACCCCAAGCGCCUCGAGAGCCCGGUCGGUGGUGAAACGCCCAUCACCGACCCGGGCGAUGCCAGUGACAAGGUAGGCGAGGACUGCCUCUUCCUCGACUUGUACGUCCCCAAGCAGGCCCUGGCUAGGAGUUCCAGUGCCGCACCAGCUCCCGUCGUCGUCUGGCUCUAUGGCGGCGCCUUUGCAUAUGGCAGCAAGAACCAGCUUGGCCCACUGUACACGGGCCGGGCGAUCCUGUCAAAGAGCAAAUACCAGACUAUCUUUGUCGCGGGGAACUAUCGACUUGGAGCAUUCGGUUGGCUGGCAGGCGACUACAUGCAGAAGACCGCGCAGCCGAAUGCCGGCCUCUAUGACCAGGCGCUGCUCUUUGACUGGGUGCAGGAGCACAUCGGCAAGGUCAACGGGGACAAGUCCCAGAUCUCUGCCUUUGGCGAGUCAGCGGGAGCCAGCUCCAUCCUGCACCAUGUCAUCCGAGAUGACGGUAAGAAGGACCCCGUCUUCAGCAGAAUCGCCGUACAGAGUCCUGCAUUUGAGUGGGCGUGGGAUAACAGGGGCGGCGGCAAGCUGGACAAGACCUACAAGACGUUCUCUGCACUUGCUGGCUGUGGCGAGACGUUUGACAUCGCCUGCCUUAGGAAGUCAACAAAUCUCACCGCGGCGAAUCAAGCCUUGUUUGCAAAUGUCAGGCAAACAGGUCUCUUCCCUGUAGGGCCCUCCGUGGAUGGGAAAUGGGUCAAGACCAUACCAACUAUCGCCUUUUCCCAAGGACACUACUCCAAGAAGGUCAGUUCUGCCAUUAUCUCCCACACGUGGAAUGAGCAGUACAGCUUCACUCCCAAAUACGUCAACUCCGAAGAAACCUUCAACACAUUCCUCGGCCUCUUCCUCCCUGGAGACGACCUUGCCGCCCAGAGACAGAAGAUCCGUACUCAAUACGACUGCCGGAAGGACUACGACAAUAAUUGGAAGAGAUGUAUAGGCGUCGUGAUCCGCGAUGCCUCCUUCACCUGCAACACCCGCGACCUCUUCUCCGCCUACCCUGGCAAAUCCUACAUGCUGCGCUACGCCUUCCCUCUCAAGGAGGUCGCCGUCCACGCCAGCGACCUGAUUGCGCUCUUUGCCAACUCGCAGGCCGAGGCCAAGACCUUGCUCCUCAAGAGCACGGACCAGAUCAAUGACUUCUUUGCGGGCAUCUACGCCGACCGGCUCGUGAACUCGGGCAUCUCCGGGGCAUACCAGACGUACCUCGCGUCCUUUGCCAUGUCGGGUGACCCAAAUACGCUGGGCCACCCGGGUGUAUAUGGCGAUCCGUCGCCGACUUGGCCCAAAGCUGACAGUUCGGGGGAUGCUAUCAAGGAUGUUUUGUCGGUGCAGAUGCCGAGUGGUCAGGCGGCGUUCACGUUCAUCACGGACGACCAGAACACGAAGUCUGCGUGUGCUUUCUGGACAAAUCUAGCACGGGAGAUUAUUCUCGCUCAGAGAAAGAAUACGGACGAAGAGGGACGCGAUGAGCUCUAA